ACGACAUCUAUCCAAUAAUUCGCCUACGCUCCGGCCCUCUCCCUUACUGCUUUCCCUACUCCGACUCCCCAAAGAGCUCUGGAUCUUCUCAUCCUAUCUCCCAAGUGCCAUGACUUCAAUAGGCACAGGUUACGACCUGUCUAACUCUGUCUUCUCUCCAGAUGGCCGCAAUUUCCAAGUUGAAUAUGCAGUCAAGGCGGUGGAGAACGGCGGCACAGCCAUCGGAAUAAGAUGCAAGGAUGGUGUCGUAUUAGCUCUCGAGAAGCUCAUCACCAGCAAGCUGCUCAAGCCCGGAGCGAACAAACGGAUAGCAACGGUAGACAGGAACAUGGGUGUUGUGUCUUCAGGUCUCCUCCCUGAUGGUCGCCAUUUCGUAUCCCGAGCCCGCGAUGAAGCAGCUCAAUGGCGCCAGCUGUACAAGGCCCCGAUCCCGACCUCCGCUCUCGCAAAUCGCAUGGGAAGCUAUGUCCAGAUGUACACCCUCUACUCAAGUGUACGGCCAUUUGGUGUCACAGCCAUCGUAGGCGGGUGGGAUUCAGAGGCCGAGCUGCCGGUGGAUGGACAGGUCGGCUCAGGGCCAAAGGUUGGCUCUGGGGGCAAGAAGGGCGGUGUAAAGCAUGGCGGACCGUUCUUGUACAUGAUUGAGCCGAGCGGACUUUAUUGGGGAUAUUAUGGUGCAGCUACGGGCAAGGGUCGACAGAUCGCAAAGUCGGAGCUUGAGAAGCUCAAUCUGUCCGACGGCACUCUAUCAUUGGAAGAGGGGGUCAAGGAGGCAGCACGCAUCAUCUACGUUGCACACGACGAUAACAAGGACAAGGACUUCGAGCUGGAGAUGACGUGGGUAAGCUCCUUAGACGGUCCCACCAAGGGCAGGCAUGAAGACGUGCCAAAGGAGCUGAGAGAGGAAGCCGAACGGCUGGCAAAGAAAUCGUUGGAGGGUGACGACGAGGAUGAGGAUGAGGGGAAGAUGGAGGAGUAGAUGAACCACUCUGUACUAUAUGCAAGCUACCAAGCGGGUUGGCGCAGCAUAGAUGGGCACGUCUGAUAUCCACCGACUUUGGAGCAUAUUGUAAGGGUUUGUAUGCGCCACAGAAAUGGUCGUUUGCACUUGCGCGACCCAUUGGUGCGCCUAUCAUAUCGUGACGAUGUACCUAGGUAGCUUCCUCCAGCCACACCAGCGCACUCCAAUCUCAGUCAAUCACUAAAACAAAAGACAUAAG